AUGACUGUCGAGAACCCUUAUGAUAAGCUCUAUACGGUGAACCUGGUCACACAAUGCCUGUGCAUUCCGAUUGUGACCAUCUUUGUGGCCCUGCGGUUUAUCAUCCGCACGUAUUACAAGCAAUUCGUGGUUGUUGAAGACACUCCUGUUUAUGGGAUAUUGCGGCAUCGGGAUAUGGGCAACUAUGGCGGCGGAUAUCCGAUCAGCGAUGUAUCCCAGAGCCACCAGGUCCUCUUCCGAAAGUUCUGCUACAUCGCCACAGUGCUCUACUGCCCCAUGGCACUCCUCACUAAGGUCGCCCUCCUCUCCAUCAUCAUCCGCAUCUUCGCUCCCUACAAGUCCAAAAUCAUCUUCAUCUACGUCUUCCUCGGCUGCCUUGGAAUCUACUACACCGUCGCCGAGGUCGUCAAAAUCCGCAUGUGCGACCCUGUACCGGCAUACUGGGACCUGCGAACAAACGCCUCCUGUCUGGACCAGCGCGCCGCGCUCAUCGCCGAUUCGGUCAUCAGUGUCGUCAGCGACCUGAUCAUUCUGAUCCUGCCCCUACCCUUGACCUGGUCGCUGCAGAUGUCCCGGAACAAGAAACUACGAGUAGUGGGCAUGCUCUCGGCCGGCGGACUGGCCACGGCAUUCAGUAUCUACCGACUAGUGCUGGUCCUCAAGGACGGCAACUCUGCAGACCAAACGAUAAUGUUUACCUGCGUGAUCCUGUCCGGAAACGCUGAAGGAGGCGUCGGACUGAUCUGCGCCUGCCUGCCCACCUUCAACAUCGUGAUCCGCAAACUGCGCUCGAAGGCCUACAGCUCGAACCGGUACUACCAGCCGGAAUCCUCCGUGCCCCUCAGCAAGAUGAAGGCCAGCGCCGGCAAGGGCUUCUCGAUGGUUUCGAAAGGCGACCACGACUUCGGGUGCGACCAAAGCCACCUGAUCACGUACGCGGGCACCGUCGACAUGGGCAGCAGCGCGGGCAACGGCGGAUCGCCGGACACGACGGGAAUCCACAUCCACAAGACGGUGGACGUGUCGCAGACGGUGGAGGUGGUGGACGAGGAGGAGCAGGGAAGAGCCUCGUCGGGGUCAGGGUCUGGUCAUCGGAGAUUUUAA